AUGGCGACGGUAGAGCUGCACGAGCAGGAGCAGGAGAAGGAACAGAUAAAAGACAUCAAGUUCCUAUGGAGGUGGCGCAAGUACCUACUGCUGCUCGCCACUCUGGUUGCCAGCGUCACCUACGCGGCCGGCCUCAACCCGCCUGGCGGCGUGAGGUCCGAGGAGGGAGGCAACAACGCCAGAGGGCAGCACACAAGUGUCGAGCCGCCGGUGCCCUCGGGUGUGUACCCAAACCGCGUCGGCGGCGUCAACCCGCCGAUGCCCUCGGCGGUGUACCCGAACCGUGUCGGCGACCCGGUGCUCGUGUCCACCUACUCGCGCCGUUACACCGCCUUCUUCUACUGCAACGCCGCCGCCUUCGUCGCGUCCCUGGUCGUCAUCAUGUUCCUGCUGGACCGGCGCAUCAGCAGCAACCCUGUCGGCGUCACGGUGCUCCGCUCCGCCAUGCUGCUGGACCUGCUCGCCCUCAUGGCCGCCUUCGCCGCCGGGAGCUGCCGCGACGUGAUCGCGUCCAUCUACGUCUCGGCGCUCUUCGCCCUCGUCUUCGCCUACGUCGCGAUUCAGGUCAGCUCGGAAAGGAAACAGGCGGCGACUGUGGAGCAAGACCAGAAUCCGGACGCGGACGAGGAGAGCCUCAAGCUCAAAGACCGGCGCAAGUUCAUGCUGCUGCUGGCCACCUUCGCGACGCCGCUGACGUACGGGGCAGGGUUGGUGCCGCCGGGAGGCUUCUGGAGCCAGACAGAGCUCGGGCACCGCGCCGGCGCCCCGUUGUUGCACGACGGGCUCUUCAAGAUCCGGUACGACGCCUUCUUCUACGCCAACGCCAGCUCCUUCGUGGCGUCGCUGGCCAUCAUCAUGAUGCUCACGAGCAGGACGCUGAGCAACCGUCUGGCCAGCUCGUACGCGCUGCCGGUGUGCGUCCUGGUGGAGCUGCUCGGCCUCAUGGCUGCCUUCGCCGCCGGCAGCUGCAGAUGGGUCACCACGACAGUGUACAUUGUCUGCCUCGUCGGCGCCGUGCUCCUCUACAUUGUGCUGCAGAUGGCCAUCGCGGUGUUGGCCGUGGACAAGUUCAAGACAUGGCAUGACACAGUUUGUAGCAUGAUCACAUCAUGCGGAUGCAAACAAGCACACACGAAUCUGCAGGCACAACAAGGAAAAGAACAAGGAACAGGAGGGGCCGGCGUCGGCGAAGGAAGAGGUUCAACGACGAUAAUCGAAAUCGAAAAUGGUGAGCAGGUUGCAAAGAAGAUGGAAGAGUCGCGGGCGCUUCUUCUGCUGCUGGCCACUCUCGCGGCGACGGUGACAUACCAAGCAGGGCUUAGCCCGCCGGGCGGCGUCUGGCCGGAUGAGGACGACCAAGGGCACCUACAUCACAUCCCGGGGAACCCGAUUCUCCACGACAUGAAACUGAAACACAACUGGUACAUGGCUUUUUACCACUGCAACACGGCGGCGUUCGUGGCUUCGGUGGUCAUCAUCAUCAUCGUCCAGAGUAAGGAGCUUAGCUCCGCCGCCGUCAUCAGGCGUGCCGCCCUCAAGACGGCCAUGAUACUCGACUUGUUCGGCCUCAUGGGAGCGUACGUCGCCGGGAGCUACCAAGACACCACCUCCACCAUCUAUGUCUGCGCCCUGGCCGUUGUCGUCUUCGUCUACGCCCUCGCCAAGGUGGUGGCGUUCGCAUACAGGGCUCAUGAACAGAGAAAGACCAAGAACCAGCAUGCCGGGCCCGAUAAUCCAGGAGGGUUGGUCCGCCUCUCCUCCGAUGAUCAUAACCAGCAUGCCGGGUCCGAGGUUGGUGACGAUGACCUCAAGACGAAGCUCGAGAGGAAGCGCAAGUUCUUGCUGCAGCUCGCCAUCCUCGCCGCCACCGUCACGUACCAAUCCGGGCUGAACCCGCCGGGCGGGUACUGGCAAGAGAGCAAGGGUGAAAGAUCGCUUACCGCCGGGGACCCGGUCCUCCUUGACUACUACGGGAUCAGGUACCAGGUGUUCUUCUACUGCAACGCGACAGGGUUCAUGGCGUCCGUCGCCGUCAUCCUUCUGCUGGUGAACCAAAUGCUUUACAAGACGGGCAUCCGGAGCCACGCGCUCCACGUGUGCGUCGUGGUUGGGCUGCUGGGCGUCAUGGGCGCCUACGCCGCAGGAAGCUCCCGGCAACUGCGCACCUCCAUCUAUGUGUUCGCCCUCGUGGCCGCGGUGGUCGCCUUCCUCAUCCUUCAGAUCCUAUUCUUCGUAUUCGCGGACAGCCGCCAUCUGUCGGAGCAGCCAUGGCUUCCGGAAUGGCUGAAGGUGCUUGUCAAUCCGUUGACGUCAUCGCCGGGGCCGGCAGGCGAGAACGAAGCCAAGGAGGUCUCCAAGCGGCAACAACAACACAUGGAGAAGCAUAAGAAAAGCAAGUACCUGAUGCUGCUCGGCAUCCUCGCAGCGAGCGUGACGUACCAGGCGGGUCUUGCGCCUCCUGGCGGCACGUGGGGCGAUGACGAUAGUGCAUCCUCAUUGCCGCCGUCGCCGUCGCCAUCCCUAGCCUCUUCACCGGCCGGCAACCCGAUCCUGCUGGACAGCAACCCGGCACGGUACCAGGCCUUCUUCUACUGUAACGCGACGUCGUUCGUGGCCUCCAUUGUGGUCAUCAUGAUACUACUGCAGCACACCGUGAAGAAGAAGAAGACCGUGAAGCGGCGGGGCGUGCGGCUGUGGACGGUGCAGACCGCCGUGGUGCUGGACCUGCUCGGCCUUCUGGGCGCGUACGCCGCCGGCAGCUGCAGGGACUGGGAGACAUCUGCCUACGUCAUCGCGCUCGUCGCUGCCGUGGGCGUCUUCAUUACGAUGUAUGUGCUCUUGUCAUUGGGGAAGCCCAGGAUGAAACCAGUGCUGAGCAAGGCCAGCAAGUUCAAGGCCAAGGUGUCCAACUACUUGGGAAGAAGCAACAAUGAAGAUGAGACCAGCCGCGCCCUACGAGAACGUGCCAAUCCGUAG